AUGCCUAUCGAGUGGCCCUCCGCGAGCCCCCCCAGCGUAGACGGCAGCGACGACGACUCGCUCUCCUACCCCUCGAGCGAGGCCUCCUUCGACUCUGACGAUCAGCACGCCCUCAUCCAGGAGGAGUGGGAGGAGAGCAUGCGCCAGCUCGAGAUGGUGUUCAGCGUCAUCCUCCUCCCCUUCCUCGGCAAGUGGUGGGGACGCAAGUUUGCCUUCUGGGCCUUCGACCGGUACAAGACGCUCGGCUGGACGCGACAGUUCUUCGGCCUCGCCGCCAGCACAUAUUAG